ACAUAUCCCGGCGUUUGCACAUAACACGGCUCCACACACCCGGCCCUAGAUGGAUUUGGUUGUCCUAGCUUGUUGGGGGGGAAAUGCUAAGUUGCGGGAUGUAUUGACUCACGUGUUGGCAUGAAAAAAACAAUGCAUAAACUGUGACAAUGCAGCCAGGCAUGAAUGCAGCUGACAAAUGAUAGCUGAUGUAAUUGGAAAUGGCUAUCUUGACGAUUUCAACUGGAUAAAACUAGAAAAAUUGAAGGGCUCUGUCCGCGACCCCAAUCUCGGCUGUAUCCGACGUGUCAGUCAUGGUAGUCCACUGGACCCAACCCGAGCUUGAGCACUCAUCACACAGACUGUUCAAUUCUUGUAAGAGGCUUUGAGAGUCUUCCAUGCAUCGCUUCUACCCUCACCAGCUCUGAUGAUUGUUGCUUCAAAGUGUCAGGAUGAAGUUCCAAAGAUGCAUAGGGCUAUUGCUGCUCUUGGUAGCAGUGGUCAAGAGUCAAGGAAAGAAGAGGACAUCUGCUAUGACUGAUGAGACCUAUAAUACAAUAGUAAAGCUCAUCGAAGGUUCUUUCAAUGUUGUAUGUACCCAAAGGACCGUCGAGGAAAAAUCCGCCAUAACGCGAUAUAACAGAUACAGAGGAAGGUUCAGUUUGCAAGGUAAUCCGCCAAAACUCUAUUUAGACGAAGAAAUGGUAUUGAAAAAGUCGCAAAUACGAGACAUUGUCAUGGAAGAGUACUUCAAGACAAAAGGAGCAGGAGCAAGGCGGAUCUAUCAUAUGCUCAAGAGAAAGUUUUCCGGUAUUUCAGAAGAAGUAGUUCAAAAUAUCUUGUCUCAAUGUUCAACGCAUCGGCGCAUGAAUGUGAGAUUUACAAACAAGGCUCCAUAUAUACCCAUCACAGCGAAACAUGUCAUGGAAAGAAUCCAGAUAGACCUUCUCAAAAUGAGAACAGCAGCUACGUACAAGAAAAGGACUUAUAGAUACAUACUGACCGCAAUUGAUGUGUUCAGUCGCUAUACAUGGUUGAGGCCUAUGAAAACUAAAUCAAGCACCAAUGUGGCACGACACUUGUCAGAAAUUUUUGACAUGUUUGGUACUCCGACCUACAUACAUCAUGACCAGGGAACAGAAUUUAAAGGGAGAGUGAAUAUUAUGUUAAGUCAUAGAGGGAUUCAAGACAUAACGAGUGCCCCAUAUCAUCCUGAAUCACAGGGGAAGGUAGAAAAGUCUCACCGGUCAAAAAUACUUUUCGACCUUAUUUCUAGAAAAUAUGGCGUGGAUUGGGCACGUAAACUUUCCAAAUACGCAAAGGUUCUCAAUGACGAACCUAAGGAAGUAUUGGAUUGGAACACCCCAUUCAGUAUCUUCUUUGGCCGAUGCUCCGAUUCUUCCUGCAGUAAAAACAUGGGUGGAACAGGAAACAUACAAGAAUACCAUAGGAGAGUGAGACUCAUCAGGGAGAAGGUUUUUGCCGCAACAAAACGUGCAAAUAAAAAACUGAGAUCACGCCAGAAAAGGAGUCUUAAGAUACCCAUAUAUCAGGUUGGGGACAAGAUUCUUGUUCGACUAGCGAGUAAGAAAUCGAGAAUGACAAACAGAUUGACAAUCUCCCCUGGCAGAAUUACUGAGAGAAAUCUGAAAAGGCACAAAUAUAAAAUUGCUUUAACACAUCCACGUACGAAUAAGAAAACAGAGCAAUGGUUCAGUUUGGUUGACAUAACUGUUGAUACUUUGUCUAAUCAAAACAAACGCGAACGAGUCACCAUUCCAAGAAGGGAGCACGUUAAGAAGUACUAUAUAAUUAUAACUCGGGAAAGUUACAUUGAACAGUUAUUCGAAGACUCAGGACUCUCUGUAUGUCUUAAUCCGAAGGGUAAUGGGAACUGCCAAUUCAGUGCUGUAUCUGAUCAGUUAGCAACUUUAGGAAUCUUUAGAUCCCAUAUUGCUCUAAGACAAGAGGUUGUUCGAUUCCUGGCAAGUAACACAUAUCUCGGGAACGGAAGAGGAUGGACAUCAUUUCUUACUGAAGUACCCGAAGAUUACCUUGCUCGUAUGUCAAGCGAUGGAAGUUACGGAGACCACCUCACCUUGCAGGCAAUUGCUGACAUAUUUCACAUCCAAAUCAUUGUCAUAAGUUCAUUAAACGGAGGAACAACAUUAAUUUCACCGGAAAUUAAUGAGGGGAACAUUUUCACAUUUGAUAUGCCAUACAUUGUGUUGGGACAUCUGUCAGAAGGCAACGGAGAACACUAUUUGUCACUUACAAGCAAUCAAGAGCAGGUACUUCGAAUAAUUCGUAACAGUGCCCAGAUUGUGUUUGAAGGAGACAUGACUCCGCAUGCCGUAGGACAGCAAUUAAGCGAUGAAGACACUGAUGGCGGAGUAAACGACGAGGGUACCGACGCAGAAGUACAAAAUGAAGGCAUCGACAAUGGAGUAAGAGAUGGCUUAGACGAAGGAGUAAGAGGUGGCUUAGACGAAGGAGUAAGCGAUGGUUUAGACGAAGGAGUAAGAGAUGGCCUGGACGAAGUAGUAAGCGAUGGUUUAGACGAAGGAGUAAGCGAUGGCUUAGACAUGUUAGAAGAAGGAGUGAGAGAUGGCUUAGACGAAGGAGUAAGGGGUGGCCUAGACGAAGAGGAUGGAACUUGCAAUGAAGUCGACGAUGAAGGCUUAAGCGAAGGAAUCAACGAUGGCACAGACGGUGAAAACAGUGAAGAGGAAAAAAACGUAUCUACCCAACGAAAUUCUGACCAUGAUACUAAAAUUUGCAAUGGGCCACGACAUUCCAAGUAGGCAGUUCCUGCCAUGUGUGAAUAAAUGAUUCAAAGCUGCAGCAUAGGAAGUUUCGCGUUCAUCUCUCAGGGAAAUACGCGUCUAUAUAAACCCAAGCGUCCAACGAGCUCCUGGAAUAGCGUCACAUGAAGUGUUGUGUGGGGACAUUAUAGUAGUUUAUGGACCAAUGCUUUAUCAUACCAACUUAACAAUUUUACAACCAUUCAGGAAACUACAGGUUCCAAGGUAAAGACUACGUUCUAUAUCUAUGAUUUAUUACAAGGGUUAGUUUUGAAGAUUUGUUUUUAUAAACAGGUCUGGGGUAAAGACUAUAUUCUACACCUAAUAUGCUUUAAAGUGUAUCUUUGGCCAAAAGUAUUUCUUGAUAAGUGAAAAAGAUAUAUUUCAGUAAUCUAUUCCGCCAAUACUUUGCGUAAAAAGGUUACAUAUACAUAAAGAAAGAUACAAUCAAAGUUAUAAAAAUAUUACUAAAAUCAAAGGGUCUGACAAAAGACUACAGCUUGGCUAUUGCACAAAUUCCGGCGAAAUUUUGCGCAUAUACCGUUGUUAUCCCGGCGUUUGCACAUAACACGCAACCCGGCUCCACAAUCCCUCCUGCCCUCAAAGCUCGCCGCAGUAUCCUAGGCACUGAAGCCUUCAAACUCGGCAAGGAUAGAGGUGUGUCUACCAAAAUUGUUGCGCAGGGAGUAAAUCUAGUUCUCAAAUGGAAAGAGAAAGGCUAUUCAAGGUGGAAUAUUUAUCAGUGAUCUAUGGGUGUGUCCAUUUACUGACACCCCGAUUUCUGACACCUCUGACACCCCCUUUCCCAUUCACGUUUGUGCAUGUAGUGAAUAUUCAUGAUGUUUCGUGUAUUUUUCAUCAAAAGAGGCAUGGCCCAUUUCCCUUUCUGUGAUUGGCUUUUAUUGCUAUUGGAUAUCCAUUAAAAGGGGAAAAGGGGUGUCAGUAAAUGAAAAAACCCGUGAUCUAUUAAUAACAAGUCUUCGAGACUAGCUUUCAUUUUUUAAUUUAUUCUGAAUUUCUAGCUUUUGAUCAUGGUAAAGUUUUUUUUUUUCAAAAUCCUUUUGUUGUAGUUACUACUAUUGUUGUAGCUGCUUGAGCUACAGCCAGGGUAAUAAUAUCCAAGUCCUUUGGAAGCGCAUAGAGACGUUAUUCAUAAUGUUAUGCGCUAUACAAGAACUGACUGCAAAUUAUUACCAUAUUUUUCAGGAUGUUCUUCUUUAACCAACCCAAGUGGUCGCCUUGGAUGUUUUCUUUUACUGGAUAUUUUACAUCAGUUUAAAAUGCCUUUGUCUGCUUUUUUUUAAAUGUUCAUGAUGUUUAAACUAUGAUUAUAUGUAUAUACUUGUAUUUUUGUAUCUUCCUGUUCUAUGUGUAUCAGUAUCCAUAGCAACCCCCAUUGUAUUUUCACUAAUAGCCCAAUUUUGAAUAUUGUAAUAGUUGGUAAUCUUAAUCUAAUCAAUGAUCGUCUUUUAAUUCCCC